GGGAAAACUAUUUUGAUGGAUAUGUUCUACGACACAUGUACAUAUCCGAAGAAAUGCAGAACUCAUUUUCAUUCUUUCAUGCGCAAUAUCCACGAGGGUAAAUUCUCUUCUCUAAUCGGACUUCAGUUAUUGCCUGACAGGACUCCAUAUUUUGAGGACGAGUGCGCCCAGAAACAAACCUUUCGAUCCAAUACCAGCUGUGGCCAAAACGGUCAGCUCAGAGUCCAAGCUGCUAUGCUUUGAUGAAUUUCAAGUUACGGACAUUGCGGAUGCAAUGAUUCUGAAACGAUUGUUCGAAAAUCUGUUCGCUUCUGGCGUCGUCAUGGUUGCCACAUCAAACCGUAAACCGGAUGAUUUGUACAAGGACGGUCUACAGAGGGUUAAUUUCAUUCCCUUCAUUGGCCUUCUCAAAAAACAAUGUCUGAUACUCGACAUGGUCAGUCACAUCGAUUACCGUCACGAAAUGCUAAUGGCCGAAGGAGGUAGUGGGCCGUCAUACUACUUCGUCUAUGGUGAAACACCCAACCUGGAUGAAAAGCUUGCCAACUGGUUCACCCAGCUUGCGGAGGAGGAUGGACAUCACGGACCGCCGGUUUCGAUCACCAUGAAUGUGUAUGCGCGUUUGGUUGAAUUCCCAUGCACCGGUAACAGAGUGAUGAUGUCAUCGUUUGCCGACUUAUGUAACAAGCCAUUGGGUGCCGCAGAUUACCUGAGUCUGGCAUCCUAUUUCCACACCGUGAUCCUAACUCAAAUUCCUGAACUGGGAUUGUCUCACCGGACAAGUCUAAAGCGCUUCACUCAGCUCAUUGACGUACUUUACGAGAAAAAGGUGCGGCUUGUGAUUGGUGCACACCUACCCAUCCGGUCACUGAUUCGCCACGAACAGCGCUCCUCGUCAGAGUUGCUAGACCAAAAUAGACAAUUGAUAGAUGACUUGAACUUAAGCACGAACAGCCACGGACCGGAAAACAUAUCGUUGUUCUCAAGCGCAGAAGAUAUAUUCGCUUUUGAGCGGACUGUAUCGCGACUGGAAGAAAUGUGUUCAUCGCAUUAUUGGUGUUCCGCUGGUCCUUCCAGAACCAACCCCUCCUAGCUUUUUUCUAUUAGGCUACGCGGCAAAUCCUGCCAGUGGACCUCUACAGUGAAAAAUCAUUUCGCUGUUCUCAGGAUAACUCAGAUACCCACUUUUCAAUUGUAUUUUGUCCGUUUACGCGUAGCAAAAUUGAUAAUUAUUUUGUAGUUUUGGGACAGUGGUAUCUUUUUGAGUUACUGUAUCUUCGCUCAUUGAUCUUAUGUUCGACAAGUACUUCCAGCGCUUUUGACACUGCACUGCAUCAGAGUUGAGGUUUUUCAGAAUCUUUCCCUUCGAGCUGUGUGAGAAACGGGAGGUAAUUACGUAUGUACUUAAAGUGCAUUUGUCGACCAGAAUGGACUCUGCAAAUCGAAGACCACAGAAAUUCAAUUAGUUUUAUCGAGAUAGAUGGAGAACUGUGCAUCUUUGUUGUUGUCGCCGAUACGUGCUGUUGGAGAGCUUCGUUGUGAACUUAAUAGCCCCUCUUCCGAAUCGGUACGCGCCGUCAGUAUUGUCCAUCCGUUCUAUUUGGUGCUUAACUUAACCUGACAUUUCGGAACCAGAUUCGUGGUGGUCACUCUGUGAUAACCCUUAUAUUCUCACCACCCUAUUCUUCUAACUACAACUGCCAGUGAC